AUGUCCACAACCGCUUCAGAGCCCCUGGUCCUCCCGCUACCACCCCUCGACAAACACUGCUCCUACAACCCGUGUCCCACGUUCGGCGAAAGCGACGGCGAGGCAAAGCACCGAUGCUCUCUCUGCAAGGGCGUGUCGUACUGCGGACAAAGAUGUCAGAAACUAGACUGGAAAGAGAACCACAGAUGGAACUGUUCCCCACUAGCUAUCGACAACGACAAAGCUUUCCUCGAACCCGAUCCUGAAGAGCUGGAAGAGCUCACUCGAGUAAUCAUGCACUGGAAAGAAGCUUACGACAAGCUCCCAGACGCCGAAAAGCAAAAGCAGAACAAAGGAUGGAAAGCGAGCUCGAUGCCCGAGUCAAAGGGACUACUGGACCUCCAAAUUGCCUCAGGCGCCUCCUACUCCCGCCUCCCAAAAAACCACACAAAAUACCCUUUCAGGCUCCCCAUCAUCCUCAUCACCCGACGCUUCCUGUCCUCCAUGUUCCACCCCCCACUCCCUCCAGCCCUGGAACGCAUCCCCGACAUGCUUUGCAGGAUGGGCAGAGAGAUCGUCGCUCCUAAUUACUAUCCUAGAAUGCACGGGCCAAAAAUCAUCCGCAAGCCUGCUGAUUUAUCGUCAGGGGAGUAUGGGACAAUCCUGGACUGGAUGCCGGUCGCGCUGCUUGAACAUGGUAUAAAAGGCGAGGUGAAGGAAUGGGGUGACAGGUGGAUUGCCCUGGCUACAGCGGAGAAAUUGCUUUGGACUGAUGAUGGUGUCGCGACACUUUAG